CUGUCAAAUUCCUACGAAAUGAUGAUGAAAUGUUUUGUUAUUGUUAAAACUGAAUAGAAAAUAACACAUUUAAGAAGAAACGACGUCUCAAAAUGUGGACUACGCAUUUCGUAACAACAACCUCUAUUUUGCUUUCGUUUUUGACAGCGAUAUCAUCAGAAAGCGACCCAUAUUCGAAAGAACCAUAUCGGCCACUUGGUCCUCUAGUGAAAUGUAAUUUUUUACCUCUGGAAUUCUUGGAUUGUGACGAACCAAUUGAUCAUAAAGGUAACCACACUGCUAGAGACGCUAUCGGUCACGGUUGUGUGAAAUUUGGAGGUGUGAGAUACGAUCAGGUGGAGAAAACAAGGGUGCAAUGCAAAGCAUUGGACGGCAUCGAGUGUUAUGGCAGUAGAAGCUUCCUGAGGGAUGGUUUCCCUUGCGUGCGGUACUCAGGACACUAUUUCACCACCACAUUAAUCUACAGUAUAUUGCUAGGGUUCUUAGGAAUGGAUAGAUUUUGUCUGGGACAGACGGGGACAGCAGUAGGCAAGCUGCUCACACUUGGAGGGCUGGGUAUCUGGUGGAUAGUGGACGUCGUGUUACUUAUUACUAAUAGCUUGCAUCCUGAGGAUGGGAGCAAUUGGAACCCAUAUGUUUAGAUUUGAGACUUCUUUAUGUAAAGCUGAAGAAAUUGAAGCACAUGAGAUCUCAUAAAAUGGAAAAU